GGACUCAUCACAGUUCAACCGAAGCUCGAAGAAGCGCCACGUUCAUUCCAAUAGUUUUACUUUAUUUAAAAAAAUAUAUUUAAAAUGAAAUUGUUCGUGGUAGCCGCAAUCAUAGGCGUGUGCGCCGCCGCCCGUUUGGACAACAAGUACCUCCCGCCCAGAGGCAACGAUGGCGCUGGAUACUCUGGCUCCGGCUUCGGAGGUGGUCCCUCAGGAUUCGGAGGUGGAUCCUCUGGCUUUGGAGGCGGCCACGGAGGCGCAGGGUUCGGAGGAGGCGCGGGCUCAGGAUUUGGGGGCGCCCGAGGUGGUGGCUCUUUCGGUGGCGGUUUCGGAACCCAGCACGCUGGAAACGCGUACAACGCCGCCCCUCAGCAAUACUCUGGAAGCCAGCAGUACUCCGGUGGUCAACAGUACAGCUCCAACCCUGCUGACGCUGGUGCCCAGAUCCUCAGAUCCAACAGCGAAGUGACCGCUGAGGGAUUCUCUUACGACUUCGAGACUUCCAACGGAAUCCACGCUGAUGCUUCUGGAGUGGCCACCAACGGCGUCCAGUCUCAGGGUAGCUUCGGAUACACUGGCAACGAUGGCCAGCAGUACAGCAUUACCUACACUGCUGAUGAGAAUGGCUACAGGCCUCAGGGUGCUCACCUCCCCACCCCUCCUCCCAUCCCGGAGGCCAUCCUGAAGUCCCUGGAACAGAACGCCCGCGAUGAAGCCGCUGGUAUCUCUGAUGAUGGUUCCUACCACGGUGAAGGCGCAGGCGCCGGCGCUGGUGGUUACUCCGGUGGUGCUCCUUCCUCCCAAUACGGUGCUCCUGCGCGCGGAUCCGCUGGCGGCUUCGGUGGCGCUUCAGGCGGCUUCGGUGGCCACUCCGGCUCAUCCGGAUUCGGCCAGUCGGCUUUCGGUGGACAGUCUGGCUUCGGCGCCCGCGGCGGCGCUGCGUCUCGCCAAUACCUCGCCCCUAACGCUGGACCCCGCCCAUCAGGCAACGGAAACUUCAAUGCUCAAUCCGGCUACCGUUACUAGAAUUGAUUGAUCAAUCGCGAUUGACAAUUGACGAUUGCAAAGUUUUGUAGUUUUCAAUCGUCAGUUGUUCAUCUGUUUAGAAUACGCUAUGACGAUUUUGCUGUGAACCAUACAUGUGAUCAUUAUUUAUAUACUCUGUCGACUAUAAGUCGCAGAAUACACUCUAGUAACUUUGUCUUUCUAGAACUGUCUACUGCCUUUUAACUUGUUGUGAUCUCAAAUGUCUUUUCAUUCUUUUAAAUUGCCAUUUCUUCUUUUUAAUAUGUAUUUUAAACUAUAGUUAUAGUAUGCCUGCUAUGAUAAUGGACAGUAUAGUUAUAAGAUGAUGUAUACAAAUAUUUUGUACAAUUAGUGAGUAAGGAUUUUGUAAAUACGAAACGAAACGAAUAUACUUACGUUGUAAAGCAA